AUGCUUGAGGAGAUAACUUCAACGACGGGUACUGAGAAACCUUCAAUAAAAACUGACAUGACCAACAAGGCAAUGAGAGAUACAACGGUGGUAGAUAUCACAGAAGACACCACAAUUUUGGAAUUAACGGAAGAGAUCACUUCACUAUUACCGACGGUUACCGAAAUACCUGCGAUAACCACUGACAUUCCUACAGAUGAGGCGACGAUACCUACAACACUGAUAGAUUCUACUACAGAAGAAACUACCCUGGUAGAUGUAACUGAAGUGAUAACUGCAAUAUCUUCGACGGCUACCGAAGAACCUACAAUAGUUACUGGCGUUUCUACAUCUGAAGCAACGAUAUCUGCCUUGGUGUCUGAUUCUACAGCAGAGGAUUCUACGGUAGUCGAAGUUACCGAGGAGGUAACUUCAAUAUCAGUGACUGAUACCGAUGGAUCUACACUAAUUAGUGAAACUUCUUCCAAAGGGACAACAUUGUUUUCUACAGUGGUAGAUAUCACAGAAGACACCACAAUUUUGGAAUUAACGGAAGAGAUCACUUCACUAUUACCGACGGUUACCGAAAUACCUACGAUAACCACUGACAUUCCUACAGAUGAGGCGACGAUACCUACAACACUGAUAGAUUCUACUACAGAAGAAACUACCCUGGUAGAUGUAACGGAAGUGAUAACUGCAAUAUCUUCGACGGCUACCAAAGAACCUACAAUAGUUACUGGCUUUUCUACAUCUGAAGCAACGAUAUCUGCCUUGGUGUCUGAUUCUACAGCAGAGGAUUCUACGGUAGUCGAAGUUACCGAGGAGGUAACUUCAAUAUCAGUGACUGAUACCGAUGGAUCUACACUAAUUAGUGAAACUUCUUCCAAAGGGACAACAUUGUUUUCUACAGUGGUAGAUAUCACAGAAGACACCACAAUUUUGGAAUUAACGGAAGAGAUCACUUCACUCUUACCGACGGUUACCGAAAUACCUACGAUAACCACUGACAUUCCUACAGAUGAGGCGACGAUACCUACAACACUGAUAGAUUCUACUACAGAAGAAACUACCCUGGUAGAUGUAACUGAAGUGAUAACUGCAAUAUCUUCGACGGCUACCGAAGAACCUACAAUAGUUACUGGCGUUUCUACAUCUGAAGCAACGAUAUCUGCCUUGGUGUCUGAUUCUACAGCAGAGGAUUCUACGGUAGUCGAAGUUACCGAGGAGGUAACUUCAAUAUCAGUGACUGAUACCGAUGGAUCUACACUAAUUAGUGAAACUUCUUCCCAAGGGACAACAUUGUUUUCUACGGUGAUAGAUAUCGCAGAAGACACAACAAUUUUCGAAUUAACGGAAGAGAUCACUUCACUAUUACCGACGGUUACCGAAAUACCUACGAUAACCACUGACAUUCCUACAGAUGAGGCGACGAUACCUACAACACUAAUAGAUUCUACUACAGAAGAAACUAGCAUGGUAGAUGUAACUGAAGUGAUAACUGCAAUAUCUUCGACGGCUACCGAAGAACCUGCAAUAGUUACUGCCGUCUCUACAUCUGAAGCAACGAUAUCUGCCUUGGUGUCUGAUUCUAAAGCAGAGGAUUCUACGGUAGUCGAAGUUACCGAGGAGGUAACUUCAAUAUCAGUGACUGAUACCGAUGGAUCUACACUAAUUAGUGAAACUUCUUCCAAAGGGACAACAUUGUUUUCUACUGUGGUAGAUAUCACAGAAGACACAACAAUUUUGGAAUUAACGGAAGAGAUCACUUCACUCUUACCGACGGUUACCGAAAUACCUACGAUAACCACUGACAUUCCUACAGAUGAGGCGACGAUACCUACAACACUGAUAGAUUCUACUACAGAAGAAACUACCCUGGUAGAUGUAACUGAAGUGAUAACUGCAAUAUCUUCGACGGCUACCGAAGAAACUACAAUAGUUACUGGCGUUUCCACAUCUGAAGCAACGAUAUCUGCCUUGGUGUCUGAUUCUACAGCAGAGGAUUCUACGGUAGUCGAAGUUACCGAGGAGGUAACUUCAAUAUCAGUGACUGAUACCGAUAGAUCUACACUAAUUAGUGAAACUUCUUCUAAAGGGACAACAUUGUUUUCUACUAUGGUAGAUAUCACAGAAGACACAACAAUUUUGGAAUUAACGGAAGAGAUCACUUCACUCUUACCGACGGUUACCGAAAUACCUACGAUAACCACUGACAUUCCUACAGAUGAGGCGACGAUACCUACAACACUGAUAGAUUCUACUACAGAAGAAACUACCCUGGUAGAUGUAACUGAAGUGAUAACUGCAAUAUCUUCGACGGCUACCGAAGAACCUACAAUAGUUACUGGCGUUUCUACAUCUGAAGCAACGAUAUCUGCCUUGGUGUCUGAUUCUACAGCAGAGGAUUCUACGGUAGUCGAAGUUACCGAGGAGGUAACUUCAUUAACAGUGACUGAUACCGAUGGAUCUACACUAAUUAGUGAAACUUCUUCCAAAGGGACAACAUUGUUUUCUACUGUGGUAGAUAUCACAGAAGACACAACAAUUUUGGAAUUAACGGAAGAGAUCACUUCACUAUUACCGACGGUUACCGAAAUACCUACGAUAACCACUGACAUUCCUACAGAUGAGGCGACGAUACCUAUAACACUAAUAGAUUCUACUACAGAAGAAACUACCCUGGUAGAUGCAACUGAAGUGAUUACUGCAAUAUCUUCGACGGCUACCCAAGAACCUACGAUAGUUACUGGCGUUUCUACAUCUGAAGCAACGAUAUCUGCCUUGGUGUCUGAUUCUACAGCAGAGGAUUCUACGGUAGUCGAAGUUACCGAGGAGGUAACUUCAUUAACAGUGACUGAUACCGAUGGAUCUACACUAAUUAGUGAAACUUCUUCCAAAGGGACAACAUUGUUUUCUACGGUGGUAGAUAUCACAGAAGACACAACUAUUUUGGAAAUAACGGAAGAGAUCACUUCACUAUUACCGACGGUUACCAAAAUACCUACGAUAACCACUGACAUUCCUACAGAUGAGGCGACGAUACCUACAACACUGAUAGAUUCUACUACAGAAGAAACUACCCUGGUAGAUGUAACUGAAGUGAUAACUGCAAUAUCUUCGACGGCUACCGAAGAAACUACAAUAGUUACUGGCGUUUCCACAUCUGAAGCAACGAUAUCUGCCUUGGUGUCUGAUUCUACAGCAGAGGAUUCUACGGUAGUCGAAGUUACCGAGGAGGUAACUUCAAUAUCAGUGACUGAUACCGAUGGAUCUACACUAAUUAGUGAAACUUCUUCCAAAGGGACAACAUUGUUUUCUACUGUGGUAGAUAUCACAGAAGACACAACAAUUUUGGAAUUAACGGAAGAGAUCACUUCACUAUUACCGACGGUAACCGAAAUACCUACGAUAACUACUGACAUUACUACAGAUGAGGCGACGAUGCCUACAACACUGAUAGAUUCUACUACAGAAGAAACUACCCUGGUAGAUGUAACUGAAGUGAUAACUGCAAUAUCUUCGACGGCUACCGAAGAACCUACAAUAGUUACUGGCGUUUCUACAUCUGAAGCAACGAUAUCUGCCUUGGUGUCUGAUUCUACAGCAGAGGAUUCUACGGUAGUCGAAGUUACCGAGGAGGUAACUUCAAUAUCAGUGACUGAUACCGAUGGAUCUACACUAAUUAGUGAAACUUCUUCCAAAGGGACAACAUUGUUUUCUACUGUGGUAGAUAUCACAGAAGACACAACAAUUUUGGAAUUAACGGAAGAGAUCACUUCACUCUUACCGACGGUUACCGAAAAACCUACGAUAACCACUGAUAGUUCUACAGAUGAGGCGACGAUACCUACAACACUGAUAGAUUCUACUACAGAAGAAACUACCCUGGUAGAUGUAACUGAAGUGAUUACUGCAAUAUCUUCGACGGCUACCAAAGAACCUACGAUAGUUACUGGCGUUUCUACAUCUGAAGCAACGAUAUCUGCCUUGGUGUCUGAUUCUACAGCAGAGGAUUCUACGGUAGUCGAAGUUACCGAGGAGGUAACUUCAAUAUCAGUGACUGAUACCGAUGGAUCUACACUAAUUAGUGAAACUUCUUCCAAAGGGACAACAUUGUUUUCUACUGUGGUAGAUAUCACAGAAGACACAACAAUUUUGGAAUUAACGGAAGAGAUCACUUCACUCUUACCGACGGUUACCGAAAUACCUACGAUAACCACUGACAUUUCUACAGAUGAGGCGACGAUACCUACAACACUGAUAGAUUCUACUACAGAAGAAACUACCCUAGUAGAUGUAACUGAAGUGAUAACUGCAAUAUCUUCGACGGCUACCGAAGAACCUACAAUAGUUACUGGCGUUUCUACAUCUGAAGCAACGAUAUCUGCCUUGGUGUCUGAUUCUACAGCAGAGGAUUCUACGGUAGUCGAAGUUACCGAGGAGGUAACUUCAAUAUCAGUGACUGAUACCGAUGGAUCUACACUAAUUAGUGAAACUUCUUCCAAAGGGACAACAUUGUUUUCUACUGUGGUAGAUAUCACAGAAGACACAACAAUUUUGGAAAUAACGGAAGAGAUCACUUCACUAUUACCGACGGUUACCGAAAUACCUACGAUAACCACUGACAUUCCUACAGAUGAGGCGACGAUACCUACAACACUGAUAGAUUCUACUACAGAAGAAACUACCCUGGUAGAUGUAACUGAAGUGAUAACUGCAAUAUCUUCGACGGCUACCGAAGAACCUACAAUAGUUACUGGCGUUUCUACAUCUGAAGCAACGAUAUCUGCCUUGGUGUCUGAUUCUACAGCAGAGGAUUCUACGGUAGUCGAAGUUACCGAGGAGGUAACUUCAAUAUCAGUGACUGAUACCGAUGGAUCUACACUAAUUAGUGAAACUUCUUCCAAAGGGACAACAUUGUUUUCUACUGUGGUAGAUAUCACAGAAGACACAACAAUUUUGGAAUUAACGGAAGAGAUCACUUCACUCUUACCGACGGUUACCGAAAUACCUACGAUAACCACUGAUAUUUCUACAGAUGAGGCGACGAUACCUACAACACUGAUAGAUUCUACUACAGAAGAAACUACCCUAGUAGAUGUAACUGAAGUGAUAACUGCAAUAUCUUCGACGGCUACCGAAGAACCUACAAUAGUUACUGGCGUUUCUACAUCUGAAGCAACGAUAUCUGCCUUGGUGUCUGAUUCUACAGCAGAGGAUUCUACGGUAGUCGAAGUUACCGAGGAGGUAACUUCAAUAUCAGUGACUGAUACCGAUGGAUCUACACUAAUUAGUGAAACUUCUUCCAAAGGGACAACAUUGUUUUCUACUAUGGUAGAUAUCACAGAAGACACAACAAUUUUGGAAAUAACGGAAGAGAUCACUUCACUAUUACCGACGGUUACCGAAAUACCUGCGAUAACCACUGACAUUCCUACAGAUGAGGCGACGAUACCUACAACACUGAUAGAUUCUACUACAGAAGAAACUACCCUGGUAGAUGUAACUGAAGUGAUAACUGCAAUAUCUUCGACGGCUACCGAAGAACCUACAAUAGUUACUGGCGUUUCUACAUCUGAAGCAACGAUAUCUGCCUUGGUGUCUGAUUCUACAGCAGAGGAUUCUACGGUAGUCGAAGUUACCGAGGAGGUAACUUCAAUAUCAGUGACUGAUACCGAUGGAUCUACACUAAUUAGUGAAACUUCUUCCAAAGGGACAACAUUGUUUUCUACUGUGGUAGAUAUCACAGAAGACACAACAAUUUUGGAAUUAACGGAAGAGAUCACUUCACUCUUACCGACGGUAACCAAAAUACCUACGAUAACUACUGACAUUACUACAGAUGAGGCGACGAUGCCUACAACACUGAUAGAUUCUACUACAGAAGAAACUACCCUAGUAGAUGUAACUGAAGUGAUAACUUCAAUAUCUUCGACGGCUACCGAAGAACCUACAAUAGUUACUGGCGUUUCUACAUCUGAAGCAACGAUAUCUGCCUUGGUGUCUGAUUCUACAGCAGAGGAUUCUACGGUAGUCGAAGUUACCGAGGAGGUAACUUCAAUAUCAGUGACUGAUACCGAUGGAUCUACACUAAUUAGUGAAACUUCUUCCAAAGGGACAACAUUGUUUUCUACUGUGGUAGAUAUCACAGAAGACACCACAAAUUUGGAAAUAACGGAAGAGAUCACUUCACUAUUACCGACGGUUACCGAAAUACCUGCGAUAACCACUGACAUUCCUACAGAUGAGGCGACGAUACCUACAACACUGAUAGAUUCUACUACAGAAGAAACUACCCUGGUAGAUGUAACUGAAGUGAUAACUGCAAUAUCUUCGACGGCUACCGAAGAACCUACAAUAGUUACUGGCGUUUCUACAUCUGAAGCAACGAUAUCUGCCUUGGUGUCUGAUUCUACAGCAGAGGAUUCUACGGUAGUCGAAGUUACCGAGGAGGUAACUUCAAUAUCAGUGACUGAUACCGAUGGAUCUACACUAAUUAGUGAAACUUCUUCGAAAGGGACAACAUUGUUUUCUACGGUGGUAGAUAUCACAGAAGACACCACAAUUUUGGAAUUAACGGAAGAGAUCACUUCACUAUUACCGACGGUUACCGAAAUACCUGCGAUAACCACUGACAUUCCUACAGAUGAGGCGACGAUACCUACAACACUAAUAGAUUCUACUACAGAAGAAACUACCCUGGUAGAUGUAACUGAAGUGAUAACUGCAAUAUCUUCCACGGCUACCGAAGAACCUACAAGAGUUACUGGCGCUUCUACAUCGGAAGCAACGAUAUCUGCCCUGGUGUCUGAUUCUACAGCAGAGGAUUCUACGGCAGUCGAAGUUACCGAGGAGGUAACUUCAAUAUCAGUGACUGAUACCGAUGGAUCUACACUAAUUAGUGAAACUUCUUCCAAAGGGACAACAUUGUUUUCUACUGUGGUAGAUAUCACAGAAGACACAACAAUUUUGGAAUUAACGGAAGAGAUCACUUCACUGUUACCGACGGUAACCGAAAUACCUACGAUAACCACUGACAUUACUACAGAUGAGGCGACGAUGCCUACAACACUGAUAGAUUCUACUACAGAAGAAAGUACCCAGGUAGAUGUAACGGAAGUGAUAACUGCAAUAUCUUCGACGGCUACCGAAGAACCUACAAUAGUUACUGGCGUUUCUACAUCUGAAGCAACGAUAUCUGCCUUGGUGUCUGAUUCUACAGCAGAGGAUUCUACGGUAGUCGAAGUUACCGAGGAGGUAACUUCAUUAACAGUGACUGAUACCGAUGGAUCUACACUAAUUAGUGAAACUUCUUCCAAAGGGACAACAUUGUUUUCUACAGUGGUAGAUAUCACAGAAGACACAACAAUUUUGGAAUUAACGGAAGAGAUCACUUCACUAUUACCGACGGUUACCGAAAUACCUACGAUAACCACUGACAUUACUACAGAUGGGGCGACGAUGCCUACAACACUGAUAUAUUCUACUACAGAAGAAACUACCCUAGUAGAUGUAACUGAAGUGAUAACUGCAAUAUCUUCGACGGCUACCGAAGAACCUACAAUAGUUACUGGCGUUUCUACAUCUGAAGCAACGAUAUCUGCCUUGGUGUCUGAUUCUACAGCAGAGGAUUCUACGGUAGUCGAAGUUACCGAGGAGGUAACUUCAAUAUCAGUGACUGAUACUGAUGGAUCUACACUAAUUAGUGAAACUUCUUCCAAAGGGACAACAUUGUUUUCUACAGUGGUAGAUAUCACAGAAGACACAACAAUUUUGGAAUUAACGGAAGAGAUCACUUCACUCUUACCGACGGUUACCGAAAUACCUACGAUAACCACUGAUAUUUCUACAGAUGAGGCGACGAUACCUACAACACUGAUAGAUUCUACUACAGAAGAAACUACCCUGGUAGAUGCAACUGAAGUGAUUACUGCAAUAUCUUCGACGGCUACCGGAGAACCUACAAGAGUUCUUGGCGCUUCUACAUCGGAAGCAACGAUAUCUGCCCUGGUGUCUGAUUCUACAGCAGAGGAUUCUACGGUAGUCGAAGUUACCGAGGAGGUAACUUCAAUAUCAGUGACUGAUACCGAUGGAUCUACGCUAAUUAGUGAAACUUCUUCCAAAGGGACAACAUUGUUUUCUACUGUGGUAGAUAUCACAGAAGACACAACAAUUUUGGAAUUAACGGAAGAGAUCACUUCACUAUUACCGACGGUAACCGAAAUACCUACGAUAACAACUGACAUUACUACAGAUGAGGCGACGAUACCUACAACACUGAUAGAUUCUACUACAGAAGAAACUACCCUAGUAGAUGUAACUGAAGUGAUAACUGCAAUAUCUUCGACGGCUACCGAAGAACCUACAAUAGUUACUGGCGUUUCUACAUCUGAAGCAACGAUAUCUGCCUUGGUGUCUGAUUCUACAGCAGAGGAUUCUACGGUAGUCGAAGUUACCGAGGAGGUAACUUCAAUAUCAGUGACUGAUACUGAUGGAUCUACACUAAUUAGUGAAACUUCUUCCAAAGGGACAACAUUGUUUUCUACUGUGGUAGAUAUCACAGAAGACACAACAAUUUUGGAAUUGACGGAAGAGAUCACUUCACUAUUACCGACGGUAACCAAAAUACCUACGAUAACCACUGACAUUCCUACAGAUGAGGCGACGAUACCUACAACACUGAUAGAUUCUACUACAGAAGAAACUACCCUGGUAGAUGUAACUGAAGUGAUAACUGCAUUAUCUUCGACGGCUACCGAAGAACCUACAAUAGUUACUGGCGUUUCUACAUCUGAAGCAACGAUAUCUGCCUUGGUGUCUGAUUCUACAGCAGAGGAUUCUACGGUAGUCGAAGUUACCGAGGAGGUAACUUCAAUAUCAGUGACUGAUACUGAUGGAUCUACACUAAUUAGUGAAACUUCUUCCAAAGGGACAACAUUGUUUUCUACGGUGGUAGAUAUCACAGAAGACACGACUAUUUUGGAAAUAACGGAAGAGAUCACUUCACUAUUACCGACGGUUACCGAAAUACCUACGAUAACCACUGACAUUCCUACAGAUGAGGCGACGAUACCUACAACACUGAUAGAUUCUACUACAGAAGAAACUACCCUGGUAGAUGUAACUGAAGUGAUAACUGCAAUAUCUUCGACGGCUACCGAAGAACCUACAAUAGUUACUGGCGUUUCUACAUCUGAAGCAACGAUAUCUGCCUUGGUGUCUGAUUCUACAGCAGAGGAUUCUACGGUAGUCGAAGUUACCGAGGAGGUAACUUCAAUAUCAGUGACUGAUACCGAUGGAUCUACACUAAUUAGUGAAACUUCUUCCAAAGGGACAACAUUGUUUUCUACUGUGGUAGAUAUCACAGAAGACACAACAAUUUUGGAAUUAACGGAAGAGAUCACUUCACUAUUACCGACGGUUACCGAAAUACCUGCGAUAACCACUGACAUUCCUACAGAUGAAGCGACGAUACCUACAACACUGAUAGAUUCUACUACAGAAAAAACUACCCUGGUAGAUGCAACUGAAGUGAUUACUGCAAUAUCUUCGACGGCUACCGGAGAACCUACAAGAGUUCUUGGCGCUUCUACAUCGGAAGCAACGAUAUCUGCCCUGGUGUCUGAUUCUACAGCAGAGGAUUCUACGGUAGUCGAAGUUACCGAGGAGGUAACUUCAAUAUCAGUGACUGAUACCGAUGGAUCUACGCUAAUUAGUGAAACUUCUUCCAAAGGGACAACAUUGUUUUCUACGGUGGUAGAUAUCACAGAAGACACAACAAUUUUCGAAUUAACGGAAGAGAUCACUUCACUAUUACCGACGGUAACCAAAAUACCUACGAUAACCACUGACAUUCCUACAGAUGAAACGACGAUACCUACAACACUGAUAGAUUCUACUACAGAAGAAACUACCCUGGUAGAUGCAACUGAAGUGAUUACUGCAAUAUCUUCGACGGCUACCGAAGAACCUACAAGAGUUACUGGCGCUUCUACAUCGGAAGCAACGAUAUCUGCCCUGGUGUCUGAUUCUACAGCAGAGGAUUCUACGGUAGUCGAAGUUACCGAGGAGGUAACUUCAAUAUCAGUGACUGAUACCGAUGGAUCUACGCUAAUUAGUGAAACUUCUUCCAAAGGGACAACAUUGUUUUCUACGGUGGUAGAUAUCACAGAAGACACAACAAUUUUCGAAUUAACGGAAGAGAUCACUUCACUAUUACCGACGGUAACCGAAAUACCUACGAUAACAACUGACAUUACUACAGAUGAGGCGACGAUGCCUACAACACUGAUAGAUUCUACUACAGAAGAAACUACCCUGGUAGAUGUAACUGAAGUGAUAACUGCAAUAUCUUCGACGGCUACCGAAGAACCUACAAUAGUUACUGGCGUUUCUACAUCUGAAGCAACGAUAUCUGCUUUGAUGUCUGAUUCUACAGCAGAGGAUUCUACGGUAGUCGAAGUUACCGAGGAGGUAACUUCAAUAUCAGUGACUGAUACCGAUAGAUCUACACUAAUUAGUGAAACUUCUUCCAAAGGGACAACAUUGUUUUCUACUGUGGUAGAUAUCACAGAAGACACAACAAUUUUGGAAUUAACGGAAGAGAUCACUUCACUAUUACCGACGGUUACCGAAAUACCUACGAUAACCACUGACAUUCCUACAGAUGAGGCGACGAUACCUACAACACUGAUAUAUUCUACUACAGAAGAAACUACCCUGGUAGAUGUAACUGAAGUGAUAACUGCAAUAUCUUCGACGGCUACCGAAGAACCUACAAUAGUUACUGGCGUUUCUACAUCUGAAGCAACGAUAUCUGCCUUGGUGUCUGAUUCUACAGCAGAGGAUUCUACGGUAGUCGAAGUUACCGAGGAGGUAACUUCAAUAUCAGUGACUGAUACCGAUGGAUCUACACUAAUUAGUGAAACUUCUUCCAAAGGUACAACAUUGUUUUCUACAAUGGUAGAUAUCACAGAAGACACCACAAUUUUGGAAUUAACGGAAGAGAUCACUUCACUAUUACCGACGGUUACCGAAAUACCUGCGAUAACCACUGACAUUCCUACAGAUGAGGCGACGAUACCUACAACACUGAUAGAUUCUACUACAGAAGAAACUACCCUGGUAGAUGUAACUGAAGUGAUAACUGCAAUAUCUUCGACGGCUACCGAAGAACCUACAAUAGUUACUGGCGUUUCUACAUCUGAAGCAACAAUAUCUGCCUUGGUGUCUGAUUCUACAACAGAGGAUUCUACGGUAGUCGAAGUUACCGAGGAGGUAACUUCAAUAUCAGUGACUGAUACCGAUGGAUCUACACUAAUUAGUGAAACUUCUUCCAAAGGGACAACAUUGUUUUCUACGGUGGUAGAUAUCACAGAACACACAACAAUUUUGGAAUUAACGGAAGAGAUCACUUCACUAUUACCGACGGUUACCGAAAAACCUACGAUAACCACUGAUAUUUCUACAGAUGAGGCGACGAUACCUACAACACUGAUAGAUUCUACUACAGAAGAAACUACCCUGGUAGAUGUAACUGAAGUUAUAACUGCACUAUUACCGACGGUUACCGAGGAACCUACAAUAGCUUCAGUCGUUUCUACAUCUGACGCAAUGAUAUCUACCUUGGUGUCAGAUUCUACAACAAUUGAUCCUACUACUGUAGUACCAGAGUUUACAUCAAUAUCCUUUACUGGUACCGACAAACCCACAGUUUUGCCGUUUAAGACAACAAUUGGUACAGAUUCAACAGAGGAACUUUUACAACCGACGACGGAAGAUUUAUUUGCUCCUCGAGAAUCUACCGCAAAUAGCGACAUCUCUAUACCGGAAGUAACCGAGGGGACACAAAAUGUCUUUUCGACUGGUUCUGAUGGAACCACAAUGAUCAGUGACACAUCUACAAUCGCUGCAACAUCUUUUAGGGAGGAAACGACUGCAAGAACAGAACAAAUCUUCACAUUUCCCGAAGUAACAUCACUUCGGGGCACUUCUACAAGGGGAGCAGCAACCGAUAUAACAUUGUUAUCUCCGAUCGAGACAACUACUGAAUUUCAUUCCACUCUAAUGGUUACUUUAACAUCAGCUACUGAUGAUGCAUCAGCAACUGCACGAACGAGUAAGGAAGUAACACCUUCCCCACCCACAACUCCGCAUUUCGCUGUCAUCACUGAAGGUAAUUAG